AUGUCUUUAUCACCACCUCUCUUUAUUAUUGGCAUUGAUGUUGGUUCCACAACAACAGAUUGUGCCCUGAUUAAUUAUUCGGCAGGAAAUAUCGUGGAACAUUCAAUUAAAACACAAACUUCUCCUGAUAUCACAAGUGGCAUCAUGAAGGCAAUUGAUCAAGUCAUGAUGAUGAAGAAUGAUCAACAAGUAAGUGGACAAAGGAAAGGUAAGAUAUUGUGUGUAAUUAUUGGAACGACACACUUUGUGAAUGCCAUUCUUUCCUUCUCUCCUGAUUUGGAAAAGGUGGCUGUGUGUAGACUUGGCUCCUCUGCAAAUAAUUCAUUGCCACCGUGUGAAUCAUUUCCUGAGAGAUUGAAAGAGUUGGUUUUGGGAGAUUAUUAUAAAAUUGAUGGUGGAUAUCAAGUGGAUGGUAGAGAAAUAUUGCCAGUCAAUCAGGAUCAAGUGCAGCAAAUGUGUCAAUCACUCAAGGAAAAGAAUUUGAAGAAUAUUGUCAUUUCAGGUAUCUUUUCACCAAUUAAUAGUGAACAAGAGAAACAAGUAGCUGAUUGGAUUAGAGAAUUUUUCAAUCAUGAUUCAGAAUUGAAAAUUACUUGUUCGAAUGAGAUUUCAGAGAUGGGAUUCAUGCAACGUGAAAAUGCUUCAAUUUUGAAUGCUUGUUUAAAGGGAGUUUCCAGAUCAAUUUGUUAUGCAUUUCAAGAAGCCAUUCGAUCAAAGUAUGCUUGUCCAUUCUUCUUGACUCAAAAUGAUGGUACCUUAAUUCCUCCUAAUUUGGUAACUGAAUUUCCAAUUUUCACAAUUCAAUCAGGUCCAACAAAUUCAAUGAAAGGAGCAGCCUUCUUAUCAGGUGUGGAGAAUGCAAUUGUGGUGGAUAUUGGUGGCUUAACAACAGAUGUUGGUGUAUUGGUGAAUGGAUUUCCAAGACUCUCGAAUAAUAAUGUCAGCAUUGGUAAUGUGCCAACUAAUUUUAGAGUACCAGAUGUUUAUUCUGUGGCUAUGGGUGGUGGCUCCAUUGUAUCUUUCAAUGAAAAUGAGGAAAAUUCAAGUAUUCAAAUUGGUCCAAAGAGUGUUGGAUUUAAUAUUUUCACUGAAUCACUUUCAUAUGGUGGAAACACUGUGACAACGACUGAUGCAGCUGUAGCACUUGGAUUACUCAAAAAUUGUGAAUGGGGAGCUUCUCCAGAAUUACUUUCUCAAACAACUCAAAGAUUGGGAAAGAGAGCACCACAAAUUGUCGACAAGAUUCAUUCCAUUGUUGAGGAAGCAAUUGACCAUGUGAAAAUUGCUUCUACCAAUGUUCCUGUUCUAUUAGUGGGAGGUGGAUCAUCUCUCAUUGAUGAGAAUAGAAAAUUUGAGGGUGUAAGCAAAAUCAUCAAGCCAAAACACUACCAAUGUGCCAAUGCUGUAGGUGCAGCUCUUUGUGAUGUUUCUGGUAGAGUUGAUACAGUGAUUAACAUUUCUGCUAGUGGUGGAAACAGAGAGAAGGUUAUUGAGACGGUCAAAAAGGAGGCCACUGAAAAGGCCAUUAAGAAUGGAGCCAAACCAGAAAGUGUUGAGAUAGUUGACUUUGAAUGCAUUCCUCUUGCUUAUAUUCCAGGUGAUAGUUGUAGAUUUUUGUGUAAGGCUGUUGGUAAUUUGGACUUUAAUUCCAUUUCCAAUAAUUUGGAAUUUCUAAUUGAAAAACCUCUCACUUCUUCAAAGAGAGAAGAAAGAAAGGAACAAUUCAGUAACGAAAAGACAAAUCAAUCCAUUGUAAAUAUCAAAUCAUAUCAACCAAAUAUUUCAGUUUCAGAUAAGGAUAAUCGAAAGGAAUGGAUUUUAACCAAGACAGAUAUUGACUGCAUUGAAAUUGGAUCAGGAGUUGUUUCUAGUGGAGGUGGUGGUUCACCAAAACAAUCUGCUGUUCUUGCCAGAAGUCUCCUUUCACACGGCAAGGAAAUCAAGAUCAUCUCUCCUGAAUCAAUCGCAGAAGAUGCCUUUGUCUUGCCUGUUGCAAUGAUGGGAGCACCUCUGGUCAUUCAAGAAAAGAGUAUUGUUGAAGAAUUCUUACCAGCCAUUGAGUCCAUGUCCAAUUUCACAAAAAAGAAGAUUGAAGCAAUUUUCUGUAUUGAAAUUGGUGGUUCAAACUCAAUUACACCACUCCUCAUUGCAGCUACUAGUGGUUUACCAGUUGUUGAUUGUGAUGGAAUGGGAAGAGCUUAUCCAGAACUUGAUAUGGUCACUCACUUUAUUGAUGGCUGUUCACCUGUUCCUACCAUGCUAUUGGAUGAUAUGAAUAAUCAAGUAUUGAUCACUAGUGUCAAUCCUAGAAAUCCGUGCAAGGGUUUGGAAAGUAUUCUUCGUCCUAUUGCAGUUCAAAUGGGUUCCAUGUCAGGUAUCAUUUUAAAUCCUAUCAGUAAGAAGGAAUUAAUGCAAUCUACUGUUCACAACAGUUAUUCUGGUGUGUGGUCGAUUGGUAAAGGUAUUUUAGAAGCUCAUUCUCAAAGUUUGGAUCCAAUUCAAACUAUUUUGAACUCGAAUAAUGGAGAUCUUUUCUUUAGUGGUAAAAUUUCUGAUGUCAAUAGAAAAACAACAUCAGGAUUCAAUAUUGGAAAAUGUGUAAUAUCAGGAUUAGGAAAGGAUCAAGGAAAGAUAUGUAUUGUGGAAUUCCAAAAUGAAUUUUUAAGAGCUGUCAUUGUCAAAGAUUAUGACCCAUCAUUGGAAACCAUUCCUCAAGAAAGUAUUCAAUCUCUUGCCAUUGUUCCAAACAUUAUUUCCAUAGUCGAUUCUCAAACUGGUUUGGCCAUUCAAACAGAAGAGCUCAGAUAUGGAUUCAGAAUUUCUGUUCUAGUUUUGGGAGGAACUCCAAAAUUCCACACUCCAAAAGGAUUGAAAACUGUUGGACCAACAGCUUUUGGUUAUCCAGAAAUUACUGAUCUAUCAUUCAUCAAGACUAAUGAAUUUAAAUCUAUUUUUUAA